GUGGGAGACCAGGAGCUUUCUGUGGAUAUGGGGACCCUGCUGUUGCUCCUGCUGGCCAUGGGCCUGAGCCUGCUGUCUGUCCAGGGAGCCAAGAGGCCUCUGAUGACUCCUGCUGGUGCUGAGGAGCUUUUAGGAACCUGGCACAUAAUACGCUGGGCGGGAGACCUACCUAUGCCCGCAAAAACACAGACCCAACCGCUGCCUCCCCUCAGGUUCAUCAGAAACAAAGACACAACAUUUAAGUUAAGGAUGAACUUCAGGUUUAGAAGUGUGUGCCUUCCUUUUGACAUGCACAUGGAUGAGUUCAUUAUCCCUGGUGCCUUCUACUCCGCAAAAGGGUAUUUCAUCUCCAUCCACUUCCUGCCAGGGAAGGAAUAUGCCAUCUCCUUCUACAAGGGUACGACAGCCUAUGUUUACUACGAGAGCAUGGAGCUCAUAGGGAGCACCUUGGAUGAAAGCCCAGAUGUGCUAAGGACCUUUGAGGAGUAUGUGGAGUGGAAAGGGCACCACAAAACCGAGAUCAUUGACCCUCCUGAGCUUGAGCCCUGUGAAUACCACAGAGAGGUGUAAGGAGACAGAACUGCAGAGACUGCCCGGGAAGGAGGAUUUGUGGACCAUGCUGCCCUCCACCAGCUGCAAGCAGAACUCUUCCUGCAAGAGAAACCAGAGCCCAGCACCCACCCCUCCCCAAGCCUAUUCCAUCAAUAAAGCUGCUUGAUGUCC